AUGGGACGCAGAGUUCUUCUGACAUCCAAGUUAAUUCUUUCCCAAGUUCGUCUCCUGGAUGCAUGGCGACUUGCUCAUCCAGUUGACUCUCCAGAUGGAGCCGCAGCAUCAGUUUCUUCUCUCAGUAAUUAUCGUGGAGUGGACGAGAGCAAACGAAUUGACUACAUUUUGUUCAAAGGUGUUCGAAUGUCUGUCUCUUUAGAACAGUGCGAUAUAGCAAUGAACAAGGUGUGUGGUGUUGUUUUUGUUAUGUUUGAUUUCAUUUCUAUAAGUUCCCAUUAG